AUGUCGAUGGAAUCUGUAUGCCCCACACGUAUUCCCGUGGCUUCCCGUGAUGAGAAGGGCUUUGAGCUGAUAUUGGGCAUGAAGAUCCAUCAGAAGGCUAAGAAGAUACAGGGCUCAUUAGUGUCAGAGGCAGCGUAUCUGCUGGACAAGAGCACCGACAUUACUGAAAACACCAGGGAGAUUUUUCCCGAAGGUCUUCCUCCCGCCUAUGUGUUCGUGUCGACUCUGAGGCUGAGAGGGCCUUCAAGCAGGGAAAAGCUGGACCUGUGGAGGGUCCUGUCUAAAGACGGACAGAUUCAGGCGGCUGUCACACUCAGCGGACUGGACAAAUCUGUCAUCUUCACUUCCACAAACACGGUUAAUGAGGGACAGAUAGUUACUUUUGAUGCACAAGGCACUGAGGCUCUUUUUGAUGGAAGCUGGCACCAGCUGAAGGUUCUGGUUAGACCCAGACGUGUCUUCUGUUUUCUGGAUGACCAGCAGAUCCAGGAUGAGGCUCUGGAUGCUGUGGUACCCAUCUACAUCAACGGGAAGACUCAAAUCUCCAAACGCUCUGGCUCUGACGCUACACUUACUACAGAAAUCCAGAAACUGAGGCUUUACUGCGACCCACAGCAAAGUGAGAGAGAGACAGCAUGUGAGAUCUACUCUGUGGAUGAUGAACGGUGUCCUCUGGAUCGUGAGCCCACUAAUGAGACUGAAGAGGCGUGCGACUGCAACCAAGGCCAGCCGGGACCUCCAGGACCGAGGGGUUUGCGUGGAGAGAAAGGAAGAGAAGGACCCCCGGGCCCAGAUGGUAAGCCUGGACCCCCAGGUUCCAGAGGAGAGCCAGGAGAUCCAGGUAUACCUGGAGAGAAGGGUGACGUGGGUCCAGCAGGGCCGAGAGGCGACCCAGGACUUCAGGCUUUAAAAGGUGAUCGAGGAGUGCAAGGGUUGCCAGGGAAACCGGGGCCACCAGGACCCACGGGAGCAUCAAAACCAAACAUUGGUACAGUUGGAUUGCCAGGAAAAAAGGGAGAGCAGGGGGGGAAAGGAGAACAAGGACCUCCUGGAGAGCCUGGUCCAAUGGGGAAACCAGGACUCGCUGGAAAUGAGGGAGCAGCCGGCACUGCUGGAGCAAAGGGAGAGAAAGGAGACGCGGGGCUGCCAGGCGCUGACGGACCACAAGGAGUUCCAGGAAUCCGUGGGCUUCCCGGUGAGGAAGGUGCGAGCGGACCGCAGGGUGCGAGAGGAGCACCGGGACAGAAAGGAUCAUCUGGGCCAAGAGGAGCUCCUGGCGCGCCGGGGCCUUCAGGGCCCUCCGGAGCAGACGGACUCAGCGGCCCCAAGGGUAACGCAGGAGAAAAGGGAGAUGCAGGUACUCCUGGAGCCGCAGGCCAAAAGGGUGUCCGGGGUGAGCCGGGAUUUCCAGGACUUCAGGGUGCCAUGGGCCUUCCUGGAUUUAAAGGACACAAGGGAGAGAGAGGAGAACCCGGACUCAAAGGCAUUCAGGGUGAAAAAGGCAGCAAAGGCUUCCCAGGACCGCCUGGCUUUCCAGGUGAAGUGGGACCCAGAGGCAGCAAAGGAGAGAAAGGUACGCCGGGUGAGACUGGGGUCAAAGGUCGUGACGGGCAGAAGGGAGACAUGGGACACACGGGUGUAGUCGGGCCGCGUGGAUUCCCCGGUCAGGACGGUUUGCCAGGGCUUCCCGGCGCUCCGGGCUUUCCAGGGAAGCCUGGUAAGCCUCCCUCAGAGGAGUACUUAAUACAACUCUGUGGGGACAUUUUGAGAAAUCAGCUGCCGCAGCUCCUGCAGAUGAUGAGCCCUCAGCGCUGUGAACACUGUGAGACCAUUAAAGGACCCCCGGGACCCCCUGGAUCUCCAGGGCCUAAAGGGUCCAGCGGGCCCCAGGGCUAUCCCGGCAGACAUGGCACUCAGGGCUACCCAGGACCGCCGGGCAUCCAAGGACCUCCCGGAGUCAAAGGGGACACAGGCCCACAGGGGUUUAAGGGGAAUAAAGGGGAGAGCAGACCAGGAUACCCAGGGCCUCCUGGAGACACAGGGAUCCAGGGUCCUCGCGGCAGUGAUGGCGUUGGUAUUCCGGGUCCUCCGGGAAUCCCGGGUAAAUCCGGGGCUCCGGGCAUCCCGGGGAAGCAAGGUCCUCCAGGGCCGGCCGGCGUGUGCGACAUGUCCAUCUGCUACCAAUCCUAUGACCUCAGGGAUGAGCGCUACAGCAAAGGGCCCGGUUUCUAACACACGCGCUUGAGCGAACACAUGGGCUCAGCUCUCGGACUGCCAGAAGCGCCGCAGAGAAUCCAGAGGAAUUUACUGACAUGGCUUUAGACAUUAUCUGUGCAUUGUUCCGGUGCAAUGAAACAUCAGGGGCCUGUAGAUGAAUGACGGCCAUUAGAGUGACAUUUAAUGACAUGAAACCUGCCUUUUGAUGCACAAAGAGUUGGUGCGUAAACACCAUUUACACAAUAGUACGUACAUAAGAUAAUUUGCAA